AUGCCGCAUUACACAUGGUACGACUCGUUGUCACGCGGACGUAUGCCGUAUUCACAACUUCGCCGAAUUUUGCGUGAGGAGUCGGGCUGUUUGAAAAUUGUCGAAACUGGAGUUAGCGGUUAUGUGCGAUGGUAUGACGUUCGUAAGCGUUAUGGAUUCAUUGAACGUGAUGAUACCGGUGAAGAUCUGUUUGUUCAUCAGAGUUCAAUAGCACAAUCGGCAAUCAGAAAGCCGUACCUUCGCUCGUUGGCUAAGGACGAAGACGUGGAAUUCGAUGUGGCCGUGGGUCCUCGAGGAUAUCAGGCCGUCAAUGUUACCGGCCCAGAUGGUGACGAUGUUCUCGGCGAUCCUAUAGGUGCGCUUGUUCUCUACAAACAUCGCUAUGGCCAUUGUCGCUAUGGACGAACGUUUCGAUCGCGUUAUCAUAAGACUAGUGAACAUCCAGUGGCUGUGCUUGUUUUGGACGGAACUCGUUGUGAUAUGUCGUCGUCUAGAGAUUCGUACCGCCGUGGAGGUGGUGGUCGCCGUAGAACUACAUCGUCCAUUGCUAGAAGACGUGUGGCUGGAAGCAGUGCGGCAGGAGCUGGUCAAAUAAACACUCCGAGUGCGCAAGGCGGUGGUCAGAUGAACACGCCGAGUGCGGGUGACAAUGCCGAAAAGAGUGCUGCACGAGGCAACACCAACUUAAUCGCACCAAUCACCACAGAACCGCCGCCAUACAGCCAAAUAGCGUCGUCACAAUCCAACCAAACACCACCGUCAAGACCGCGCAGCUUUUGCCGUAUAUUUUGUUGCUGUUGA